AUGCCCAUCUGCAUCGAGUGCUCAUACCCGGUCUCGCACCUGUAUAGUGCCUACAGUCGUGCCGAUGAUCGGUCGCAGGGUAAAGGCGUGCGAUUGACCCAGUGUCCGCGCUGCCAACGCUUCGCCGACAAAUACGUUGAAUACGACUUUGUCGUGAUCUUCAUCGACCUUGUCCUCAUCAAACCGCAGGUCUAUCGCCAUCUCCUGUUCAAUCGACUUGGACGCGAUGACAACCGAUUCGACCGAUCAAUCAUCCGUCUGGGAAUCCUUCUUCUUCUCUUUGACGUCUACCUGACCUGGGCCCGCCUCGAAAAGGACCCCUCGCUGGCCACAACCUUCGUCGCGCGCGCCCCAAUCGUCGUGCAAUACCUCUUCUUUCUGACUCUGAACGCGGCAGCAACCUUCGCGCAUCACCUCACUGUUCGUCUUCUCGCCUCAAUCUUGGUCCCAAAAUCCCACCGCUAUGUUGCUGCCGAAGCGAGCAGCACCAACACGACCAGCACUGGCGACACGACCCCCAUCCCAUCAGGCCCUCCGACACCCACGAUCAGGGCGUCACCCCCGUCGCAGCCGAACACACAAAGCCAACAACAAUUAAGCCUAGGCGCAGCUGCACUUCCCACCAAAACCACCCCUUAUGCUCCCUUCCACGACCCUACCUCCGCACUAGACUCAUCGCUCCUUCCACCAAGUGCCAUGCCAGCCCCACAGCGUCCUCCACCCCUCCGGCGCGCCUCAACAGCACCGCCACAGAACAUUCGCCCCCUCCCGCCUCCAACAGCCGCAAGCCCGACAGCAAUCAGCACCGCAUUGCUAGUCAGUAGCUGCGCAAAGCUAUUCCCAAUCCUCCUCGUGAUCUGGGGCGCCGACGGAAGCGGCAGCGGCAACUUGAGCGACAUACAAGCCGGGAACACAGAUGCCAGGAAAGAUAUGGGCGCGUCAAAGGCGGCUCUCUCCUCGAAUCGAGACUCAGCAUCGCCUUCGUUUCUGGAAUCGUUCCUUGCGGCCGCAGAGUCUUCGCUCCGACCUUAUCUACCGACGCGGUAUGUGACUGGUCUUUUCGGCGUCCUUGCAUCAUUGUUGUCAUUGGGUGUUGUCGAUACGCAUCUCGUGCUCUUGAGUAAUAUCGAGGCGCUUUAUAUCCUGCUUGGAUGUGGGUAUCUGCGCGCGGUGGCUGUUGCUGUUGCGGGGCAGAUUGCUCGGUGGGCCGUGCAAAGAGUUAUUUUAGGUGCUGUUGGAGUUGGAUGA